AUGGAAGACGAGUUCCAUUAUCGUAUACCAGUGGUCCGUGGGUGGAGCCAAAACAUUCUGUAUGCUGGAUUGUAUAGAGCAGAGAAUAAUAUUAUGCUAGAGUCGCUUGGUAUAAUAUCAUUAAACCAGAAAAGUGCAACACAACAACCGACGCCACCUCUUGUACCUAGGCUUAGACUUUCUGUUACUACACCCCCGACACGGUUCCUAGUACCAACACCGGCAAUUACACUUCCAGUGCCCAGACUACCUGUUAGACUUCCAGUACCCACACCACCGGUUAGACUAUCUUUAAAAGCAUUGAACGUGACUAUCAAUCGUACAGGUGCUGCGCCUUCUAAAUUCGAAUUCAGUAGAGAAAUGGGAGAGAUAAUGGGGAAUGACCCUACGGUAAUUCCAAUAUUAACGAUCGAUUCGGAGGGAAGGUCAAAGCGAAAUUCAGGUUACGAAUCAUAUAUAUCACUGAUAUGGCAGAUUCCAAUGAAAGCACCGAAAAUUCGCGAAAGAGAAAAACGCCUGAUACUACGAGUGAUAAGAAAUCCAAGAAAAGUCGUGGUGGUAUGGAUGAGGUACUAA